GCCCGCACGUAGGCGCCGCUUAAAGGGGCGACGCGAGCGCGGAGCGCCGCCCGCGUCUGUCGAGGGGCGGGAGCGGCGGGCGUCGGCGUGCGGGCCCGACGGGAGGGGCCGGUGCCCUUUUAAGGCGCGGGCCGCCGGUGCCGGCGGUUUUAUUUACAUGGGGGCUCGCGGCUGUCACGUGACCGAAGGAGCCGCGGCACCGGGCGGGGGCUGAGAACGGCGGGAAGCGCGGGGCCAUGGCGGGCGGCGGCGACGACGGCUCCUGGGUGGAGCUGCGCUGCGACCCCGCGCCCUUCUCGUGCCACGCCGACGUGGAGCGGAUGCUGCUGGACGCGCAGCUGGAGCCGGACGGCGCCGACGGGUGGGCGCUGCCGGCGCGCGGCUCCCCGGCCCGGGACGAGGAAAGCGCCGCGAAGGUGAGCGAGCGGCUCCCGCCCCCCCCGGGCCGCCCGCAGACCCCGCCGGAACGGGAGGAAGCGCCGAAGUCCCGCCCGGAGCCGUCCGCGCCGCGGGACCCCCCGCAGGACGCCGAGCGGACCGAGCGCCGUCCGCCCGCAGCGCUCAGCCGGAGCUGCGCCCGCUGCCCCGAGCACCGCUGUGCGAAGGAUCACCUCCCCUUCGCGUGUCCCACCCCGCCGGUGCGGUGGGCGCUGCGGGACGGCGCGGUGCUGAGGAAGAAGCGGCUCUUCGGCUCCGAGCUGCUGCUGCUCGUCAUCCCCCCGCUGCUGCUCAGCCACGCGCUGACCCUGGGGCUGGGGAUCUACAUCGGGAAGCGGCUGGCGGCCUCCUCGGCAAACCCGCUGUGAGCGCCGGGCCCAGCGAGGAGCGGCCUCCGUUCCGCUCUGCGGGGUCAGCCCGGUGCUCGGUGCGGCGCCGUCUCCCCCCGUCCCUUCCUCGCCCCACCGGAGCCCACCGCCGCUGGCGGCCCCCGCUCCGCCCUCCACCCCCCCUUCUCCCCCCGUCUCGCCGGGCUCCUCGUUAUCACGGUGGACUGUACGUACGGCCCUGAACCCGCGGGGCCGCGUGGAAAUAAAGAGCG